AUGGAUCAGAAACACAUGGAUCAGAAAACACUCAAACAAGCUUUCAAGCUUGCGACCUAUCUUGGGACAUUCCCGAAUUUAGAAACAGAAACCUUUAAAGUCAAGAAGGUCUCAUUGAUAAUCGUAGAAGAGUUUAAUGCAUUGCUAUACCAGAUAAUGAUAAAUGACAAAACCAAUGACAUCGCCACAAAUAAAAAGCUGCAGCUUCACUUCGCUAUGAAGAAUGAUGUCCAAUUCACAGCCUGUGGUUUCUUUACCAUCGACUAUACCCUGGUACAUUCGAUGAUUGCAGCAACAACGACCUACCUUGUGAUCUUGAUACAGUUUAGGGAACCUACAACCUCAGUGGACAUUGUGCCUGAUUCAACUUUCUUCGCCAACAGUACCUUCCCAACUCUAUUCUCUACGACCUCCUUGUAG